GCGCCGCAGCCGCAACCACGGAAGGCGCCCGGCUGGUCGGCCAUGGAGAGCCCCCUCGCGGAGUCCUGAGCGCCCGGGCGAGAAGGGCCCCGGGGGCGCGUCCACCUGCCCCUUCGCCCGCCGGCCGCUUCCGCCCCUGCUCGCCCGCGGCCGCGCUCGCCGACCAUGGGCAACGAAGCCAGCCUGGAGGGCGGCGAAAGGCCGGCCGGGCUGCCCGAAGGUGUGGCCGGGGCCGCUGCGGGAGACCUGGCGGGGGACCUGAGCCGCUUAAGCCCGGAGGAGCGCAGGCAGAUCGCCGCCGUCAUGUCAAGGGCGCAGCAGGCGCUGCCCGCAGGAAAGACCGCCGGCCCGGAGGCGCCUCCCUUGACAAGAUCUGCUCCACCGGAUGGCAGUGAUCACCCAAAGCAACAGGGCAAGCCUCCAGCUCCUCAGAGCAAGCUACCAGAUCCUGGGCGCCCUACGCUAAGUAAAAGCAAAACAGUUGAUACCCUGAAAACAGAGCAACAGGUCCCUGGAAGAAGCACAUCAUCCAUGAGUUUGAGAGAGUCUAAAUCAAAGACUGAUUUAAAAGAUGACCAGAAGCCAGCUAUGAUGCCCAGCUUUCUCUCAGAUGCCAACCCAUUUGGCGCAGUCACAUCAGUUGUAAAUAAAUUCAAUCCUUUUGGUUUGAUAUCUGACUCAGAUACAAACCAGAAUGAAGGCUCCAAGAAAGUGAAGCCCACCCAAAAGGAUCAGGAUAGAUCUGAGCAACAAGAGGGACUCUCCAAGCAACCUCUGCAGCAUUCAUCUCCCAAGCCAAGCAGUCCACAACAUGGGCCCAUCAAACCGGCCCCACAAAAAGCACGACCUCCCAAGCAGAUGCCACAGCAGCAACUACAAUCUGGAAUCCCUAAGCAAAGCCAGAAACCAGGCUCUGGCCAAACAGCAGAAGAAGCAAAACAGUGUCCAGGACCACCCACCUCUCCGAUCCCAAAACAAGAAUCUACGAAACCUGCAAAAUCUUCCCCACAACAGUUGGGAACUGAAAAGCCUCCUAGUGUGGGCCUUGCUAAAACAGCCUCCCAGUCCCCUGUUCUCAAAAAACCAACACCCCAGCAGGGAGCGCCUCCUUCUAAGCAGAAAGCUCAGCAGCCGGAAGGUCCUGCAAAGGCUGAACCAGCAGCCUCCAGUAAGCAACCAUUGCAACGUUUGGCUGGUCCCGCAAAAUCAGCCCUUCCCCAGCCUGGAGGACCUGGAAAGCAACCCUCUCAGCAGCCUGGGCUCCCCGCGAAGCCUCCCACCCAACAGGCUGAGCCUACCGUUCAAUCCCAGCAACAGGCGGGGCUGACAAAAACUGACCAUCCACCUUCCUGGCCUUCCCAGCAGCAACAUGGGAUUCCCUCACAACCCGGAUUACAAGACACACAAAAAAAGUUUUGCCCACUUUGCACAAACACUGAACUCCUCCUGCACAUUCCUGAGAAGGCCAAUUAUAACACCUGCACCCAGUGUCAAACUGUAGUCUGCAGUUUAUGCGGCUUUGAUCCUAAUCCUCAUAUAACAGAGAUUAAAGAAUGGUUAUGUUUAACCUGCCAGAUGCAAAGAGCUUUAGGUGGGGACUUAGCUCCUGCUCACGGCUCUGGACCUUCAGUACCCAAGCAAGAAACUUCAGCCAAAGCAGCUUCUCAACCACAGCCAGCUAUGAAGAAGAAAGAAACUGCUCUAAAACAUGAUGUGACCAAGUCCUUGGAGCAGAAAAAGCCACCAAUGCAAACAAAGCAGGCUACUCUGCCCAGUUCUUCUCCUGCAAAAGCAGAGGCUCUUCCUGCUGAACCCAAGCUGGCAGAAUCUACCCUGAAGUCCAUCCAGGCCAAGCUGUCAGGAAGUGAGGAUAAACAGAGGCAGUCUAGUCCUCAGAAACUUACAAGUGAUGCCGCAACUAAACCUUCACAAUUGGAUUCCAAACAAAAUGGCUCCAAGCCUUUACUCACUCAACGUAAAGCAGAACACCUUCAGAGGUCAGAAGAUGACAACCUACCACAGGACCAACAUGCACCUGUUGAUAUAAUUGCUGCUCCAGAUUGCAAAACUUUAUCUCAAGUGUCUUCUCAAAAGUCUGAAACAAAACUUAGCGCUCAGCUUGAAACCGAUUUAAAUGCUAAGGUCCAAAUGGAAGCUGAAACAGCAGGAGUAAAGGAAUCUUCUAUGAAAAUCCAGCCCCAGUUGAAUCCCAAACCAGAUGCCAAAUCGACUCCAAAAGGUCAACAAGCCUCAAUGGGCGCGAAGCCCAGCCAAGCCCGACCUCAGGUUCAAGCCCAACUGCCUCCAAAAGCACCGGAACAAGCCAAGCGUUUUGGCAUUCAUGCAGGAGGUGAUGCUCCCAAGUCACUUCCUGCAGCUCCUCCAGAAACGGUUACCGGAAAGCUGUUUGGAUUUGGGGCUUCGAUUUUCAGCCAGGCUUCCAAUUUGAUCACCACAUCAGGCCAGCCAGGAGCUCAGGCACCGGGACCUACCCCUUUGACCCCCUCCAAGCAGCCCCCUCCCCCUGUCCUGCAAAAAGACCCCCCUCCACCAUCUCCUAAGGGGGCGCCUGCAAAGAAGGAAGCAAAGCCUCCUGUGACAGAAAAAACCUCUCAAAAGGAAGCCAGCCAGCCAGAGACUGAGAAGAAGCUGUUGCCUGCCCGGGCCUCCCAGGCGCCUGAUGGGGCUGGGACAGAAAAGGGGGCGGGGCCACCGGAAGCACCCCAAGGGCCCCCACCGGCCUCCCUGUGUCCUCUCUGCAAAACUGGCCUGAAUGUGGGGUCUAUAGACACUCCAAAUUACAACAGGUGCACAGAGUGCAGGAUUGUGGUAUGCAGCCUUUGUGGCUUUAAUCCCACGCCCCACAUCACAGAGGUCCAAGAAUGGUUAUGCUUAAACUGCCAAACUCAAAGGGCGCUAUCAGGACAACUUGGGGAUAUAGAGAAAAUCACUCCUCCUAUGUUUCCAAAAUCCCCAGUGAGACCAUCAAAUCCUGUCCUUCAAAGUCAGUCCAAACCUACUGAGUUGCACCAACAACAACAGAUUUCAGCAAAACCUGCCCUGCCAUCUGAAAAACCAAAGAUUGGUUCAGAAAUUCAGAAAGAAGAUCUAAAGGUAAAGAAAGACACACUUUUAACGAAGACAUUUACUGAUAGGAUCCAAGAAGAAAUUUUUAAAAUUGAUAUUUCAAAGCUUUCACCAGGAAAAUUAGCAAAAACAACAUCUGUUGAUAAAAUCAUUCAAGGAAUUUCAAAAGAAGAUUCAAAAGCAGAAAAGGAAAAAUUGGGAAAAUCGUCAUCUGCUGAUCAAAUUCUUAAAAAUGAGUCAAAACUGGCUACAAUUGAUAAGCGUUCACAUGAUAAGAUAAACAUGGAACAUGUGAAAAUACCUCUAUCCAAAGACUCAAAAUAUCAACCGGUAAAACUGGCCAGGGAGGAACCUCAGAAGGAAGACCCAGCCAUUCAAGUCAAAUUACCAUCUGCUGAUCAGAGUCAGAUGGAUCGGGUGACCUUGGAAAAAAUACCAUCAGCUGAAAAAAUUCCACAAGUUGUUCAAAAGCCAGAACCAAAGAUUUAUCGAGACAAAAUGACAAAAGUAGCCUCAGAUGGUGAAAUUGUGAAAGUUGAACCAAAAUUUCAGCAGGCAAAAUUGGCCAAAAUACUAUCCUCUGAUCAAAUUCAGAAAGAAGAUUCAAAACGAAUUCCAGCAAAAAUAAUGAAAACGGCAUCUGCCGAUCAGCUUUUAAAAAAUUCUGUGAAAUUUAAGGAACUAAAACAAGUGAAAUUGCCCAGGGUGGAACCAAAGUCUUCCGAGACAAGUAACGGCCAAAGGCCACCAUCAGAAGCCUCAGACCACCUCCCCAAAAUCGGACACGUACUAGAACGAAAGCAAUCGUUUGAAGAAAAGCCGGAAGCUGAAAUGCAUGUUGAAACAAAACAGCAGGAAGAACAUCCCAUGAUAUCAGAAACCAUUUCAAAGGCUCAUAAACUACCCAAAGAUCUACCCGUAUCGUUACCAAAAUCUUAUCCUGUGGAGUCAGUGAGAGAAAAAACAGAAAAAGAAGAUGACAAAUCAGACAUAUCAAGUUCUCAGCAGCCCAAAAGCCCUCAAGGCUUGAGUGAUACAGGAUAUUCCUCUGAUGGCGUCUCGAGUUCACUUGGUGAAAUUCCAAGUCUUAUUCAGACGGAUGAGAAGGAUGUGUUGAAAGAGUCUUUUGAGAAAGAGUCUCUUUCGCAAGGGGGCAGCCCAGCUAGCCCCUCUGACCUGGCCAAGCUAGAAAGCACGGUCUUGUCAAUUCUGGAAGCUCAAGUCACAAGCCUCGUGGAGGAGAAGUCUGGAAGAACCAAAGGCCUUUCUGCUGAGCAGACAAAGGUCUCUCGUGAAACGGCACUCUUGCCUGUCACCUCAGAGCCUCUUGGUUCUGAGGAAGAAGGUUUGAGAAAACCGAGCAUUCAAGAUGAAGGAGACCCUGAACAAGGCAGUAAAGAAACUUUGCCCCCUCAGAAAAGGCCCAAGCAGACAGCAGGGGUGGCAGAGAGUGCAUCAACCAGAAGGCCGCGCUAUGACUCUGUGGAAGACAGCAGUGAGAGUGAAAACUCCCCUGUGCCACGAAGAAGAAGAAGGCAGACCAGUGCUGACUCCUCAAGCAGCGACGAUGAAGGCAAAGCAGAAGACAGUCCAGAUUCAGGCGAUGAUGAGGAUUUUAUUCGGAAGCAAAUCAUGGAAAUGAGUGCUGACGAAGAUGCUUCCGGUUCCGAAGAUGAAGAAUACAUCAGAAAACAAUUAAAAGAAAUUAGUGCAAAUGAAACUCAGAAGAAGGAAGAAGUUAAGAUCAAAAAAGGAAUAGGUGGAAAACAUAAGAGGGUGUCGCGUAAAAGUAGUGCAGGCUAUGAAGAGGAUUCUGGAAGGCGCCAUUCCUGGCAUGAUGAUGAUGAUGACGAGGCUUUUGAUGAAAGUCCAGAACCAAAAUAUAGAGAGACGAAAAGUCAAGAGAGUGAAGAAAUUAGUGCCACCGGAGGAGGGGGUCUUCGCCGCUUCAAAACAAUAGAACUUAACAGUACAAUUACAAAUAAAUUUUCUGAAGCAUCAGAAACACCAAAGAGAUGUUUAUACUUUGAUGAAGAGCCGGAAUUAGAAAUGGAGAGCCUUACAGAUUCACCAGAGGACAGAUCACGGGGAGAAGGAUCCUCUAGUCUGCAUGCGUCCAGCUUCACCCCAGGUACAUCUCCUACCUCUGUUUCAUCCUUUGAUGAAGACAGCGACAGCAGCCCCAGCCACAAAAAAAUGGGGGGAGAAACCAAGCAGCAGCGUAAAGCCAGACAUCGGACACACGGGCCUCUUCUCCCGACGAUUGAAGAUUCUUCCGAGGAAGAAGAACUCAGGGAGGAGGAAGAGUUGCUGAAGGAGCAGGAAAAACAGCGUGAACUAGAACAGCAACAACGAAAAAGCUCUAGCAAGAAGUCUAAGAAAGACAAAGACGAGCUCAGAGCCCAGAGAAGGAGAGAGCGACCAAAAACACCACCCAGUAACCUUUCUCCGAUCGAGGACGCUUCGCCAACUGAAGAACUGCGUCAGGCGGCAGAAAUGGAGGAAUUGCAUCGAUCUUCCUGCUCUGAAUAUUCCCCGAGUAUUGAAUCUGACCCUGAAGCUUUUGAAAUCAGCCCAGAAAAAAUAAUAGAAGUGCAGAAGGUUUAUAAGCUGCCAACGGCUGUCUCGCUCUACUCUCCUACAGACGAGCAGCCCAUCGGAAUGGCCAAGCAAGGGAACAAUCAGAAGAUUUUGAAAAGUGCAGAGGAGGUGUAUGAAGAAAUGCUGCAGGCGUCUCAGAUGGCCAAACCUCUUCCAGGUGAAAAUGAAAGGGAAGAGGUAUUCGAGAAGGAGCCUUUAUAUGGCGGCAUGCUCAUAGAAGACUAUAUCUAUGAAUCGUUAGUAGAGGGUGCUUACAGUGGGGAGUCCAACCUCAUUUCAAAACAAGAAGAGUGUGAGGAAUUUAGCCAAGAGGAAGAGCAAAAAAAACCCCCGGAGCACAUCUAUGAAAAACCUAUGCAAAAACCCAUUGAUUUACAAGAUACCUAUUAUAGGAUAGAGCUUUUGCAUUCAAUUAUGCCUCAGGAGGACAUUGUCUCUAGUUCUUACAUUAUGCCCGAAAGUCAUGAAAUCAUUGUCCUGGACAGUGUGGCACCAUCUUCGAGUGAUGAAAAGCAGCUGCUAGAUGCAGAUGUGGUUUAUGAAGAACUGAUGAAGCGGCAGGGAAUACAGCUGACCCCAGGCUCCAGUCCCACUCAGUCAUCCCCUGAAUUAGUUUCUGUCACAAAGAGGAACCUCUCUGGAGAAGCAGGAGAUAGUAACUCCCUAGUUUCGAGCACUUCUUCAGCAGUUUCAGACACAACGUCCGGGAGCCCUGUAGUGCUGCCCAUUCCAGAUGUUAAAAUCACCCAGCACUUUACAGCUGAAGAAACAGAGGAUAACUAUUUCACUGAUUAUGCCCAUGAGAUGGAAGAAAUUAUUUCCCAGGAAACGUCCAUGUUGACAGACUCAGAGGUCUUAGAAAGUGCCACCCCUGUUUUCCCAUCGGAUACAUGUUCUCUCACAUCAUCUACAUCUUCUGUUUACACAACUGGCACGCCUUCGCCUGUAGCUGGAUCAGAUGGCAUCACUACCAUUUGUAGAGAUUCAGUAGAUGCUCUUAGUGGACUAUCAGAUUCAGAAGGGGUCGUUUCAAUGGCACAGGCUACUACAAUUUCCCAAAUUGAGGACUACGAACCUCUUGCAUUAUCCCCCAAGAAGGCACCCAUAGCCAAAGAUCUGACUGAUGCCAGUCAGGGGUCAGUUACCUUUCCUGAAACUGAUUCCUUUGUAUCCACUUCUGUGGAAACAAAACCCACAAGUGUUGUCCCUGCUGCCUUGGCAGAAGAUGGCAAAGUGGGAAGAGACAUGGCAAAGUUUAAUGAACUAAAGAGACUUUCUGAAGAUGAAUAUUCAAGGAUUUCCAUUAAUGUGGCAGGAAUAGAUGCUGUAUCUGACCAAGAAUUUAUCUGCAUAGUUCCAUUAUGUACUGUUUCUUCUGUUACCCCUGCACCUGAAACUUCUCCAGCUUCCAUUGCUAGUUCCCAGACAUACUCAUUUCUGGAAAGAUCUCUUGUUCAUCCCUCCCCACCGUACGCUCCUCCUCCACCCCCACCUCCCCCACCUCCCCCACCCAUUCUACCAAAGCCAGCCGUUUAUCCUAAAAAGAAGCCGCCAGUUAAAACUGCAGUGACAACAGCUCCCAUCAUGGUAUCAUCCAUUAGUACUGUCAAAGUAGGAGAUACCUCUGCUAUAAAAACGAGUGUGUCUCCUGUCACAAAAAUAUGCACACCGACCCCACCUCCCGUCCCCCCUAAGCCAGCUUUAAUUCCAGCAGGGCUUGUAUUCACGCACAGACCUUCUGAAAUAAUAAAGCCUCCUAUUGCUCCUAAACCAGCCAUUCCUCAGUUACCGGUGGCUAUUCAUAAACCAACAGAAACACAGUCCAAGCCAGCAGGUCUGCCUUUUACCAGCUCCAUGACUCUGAACUUGAUUUCCCCUGCUGAAUACAAAUUGACCUCUCCCACCUCCCCAUCAUCUCCACAUUCUAAUAAAUCCUCCCCGAGGUUGUCCAAACCCUCUCAGGAAACCUAUGUUGUUAUCACGCUGCCCUCUGAGCCUGGGACUCCGAUUGAAUCCAUUACCAGCCAAGCCAUCAGCAGUUGGCCUGCAGCUUCACCCCUUAGGGAACAAGCUCCAGAGGCUGUACAGACAUUAUUCAUGCCAUCUGUAAGUUCACUGCAAAUGCAAAGUACAACAGAUCAAAGCAAGAGUAUCCCAGAUGCUUUGAAUGCUGUUGCUUUUAUCCCUACUACUACUACUGGACAGCCAAUUUUUGGCAUGGUGCCUAAGUCCGCUACAGAACUAAUAACAACAGGGAUUGCCAGGACUGCCAUGUCUUUCGUAAAAAAUGCCGGGUUAGAUAGCGUUUCCAUAACUAUACCCCCAGACACAGUACCUGCGGAAGAGAGAACUAAAUACAGAGAAAACGUAAGAUCCCAUGUCUUUGGUGACGUUAUGGAUCUCCGUACCUUGACUAAGACUAGUAUUGAUAGAACAGAUAGCUGUAUGGACCUAUCUGCCACUCCCACAGAUGCGAGAAGACAGACAAUGGCAGGUGACACUUCUGGGCAGUGGGUAAGCACAGUUCAGCCAGGGAUCAUAAAUCUUAGUACUGUGUCCAUGGUCAGCCUCUCUUUAGCUCCAGUGGCUGAUGCCGUUUCAGUGGUGACCUGUGCAUCUACUCAAAGUUACAGUGCAAGUAUAGAAAGCCUCAUAGACCUUGGGCAUGGAAUGACAACUCCACUUCAGUUAACAACGUCAAAGCCUUUUGAGCUCGAUCCUGGAAUAACAGGAAGCCAGGCCCUCUUUUCAGGCAGAGAAGACGCUCCCAUCAAUCUCUCCCUGGGUACGCCAGCAUCGGCACUCACCUGGGCUGCUACAAAGCCUGCCACCGCACCUCCAGUUGGGGUAACCAACGAUUGCAUCACUGCUUCUCCCGCUCACACAACUGUGGACAGUGGUGUAGUUGACCUGAGCACUACAAAAUCCCACAGAACAAUGGUGACCGUUGAUGAAACGACUUCAGGAUUUUUUACAACUGUAAUAGAAGAUGAUGAAAAACCUGUAGAUCUGACUGCAGGGAAAAGGGCUGUUUGUUGCGAUGUGAUUUACAAAUUGCCAUUUGGGAGGAGCUGCACCGCUCAAGCCCCAGCAACUACCCUUCCGGAAGAUCGUUUUGGCUACAGGGAUGACCACUACCAGUAUGACCGCUCCGGGUCCUACGCUUACAGGGGAACUGGGGGCAUGAAGCCCUCCAUGUCAGACACCAAUUUGUCCGAGGCUGGGCUCUAUCCGUAUAAGAGCAAGAACGCCUUUGAGUACCAGGUUGGGGCGGCCGAUCUAGCAGUAGACUUGACUUCUGGCAGAGUCACUACAGGUGAAAUUAUGGAUUAUUCAAGCAAGAUUUCUGAUCCAUAUCCAGAGAGCCGGCAUGUGAUUUCUGGCAUUAGUGCACCUCAGUAUUCCCAAGCAAGAAUGGUCUCCUCCUUAGGAGCCCCCUAUGGAAGUGUGUUGAGAUCCUCCAACGGGGUGGUUUACUCCUCAGUGGCAGCUCCGAUCCCAUCUACAUUUGCUAUCACCACACAGCCUGGCUCUAUUUUCAGCACUUCAGUCCGAGACCUGCCUUCUCUUCAUGCCAUUGAUUCAGUGCCUUCCUUGCCAAGCUUGCCACAGAGCCAGGCGCUCCCAAGCUCAUUGCAAUUUUUGACAACCAUAGCUUCUGAAAAAGACACUUCCGUUCCUGGCAUUGACCCAGGGAUACAACCUCUCCCUCUAGAAGCUAUUGCCACUGAGCCAACACUGCCUGUCUUCAGUACAGCUUCUGAAGCCUUCCUAGAUGGAAUUGAAGAUGAAGGAACAGUUCUCAUUGACACCGAAGAAGACAAGCAACAGCAUUUGGACAUAGAACGUGAGCUUCUGGAGCUUGAAAAACUGAAACAGCAGCGCUUUGCAGAAGAGCUAGAAUGGGAACGUCAAGAAAUACAGAGGUUUAGAGAACAAGAACAAUUCAUGGUUCAAAAGAAGCUCGAGGAACUGCAUUCUAUGAAGCACCACCUUCUCUAUCAGCAGGAAGAAGAGAGGCAGGCUCAGUUCAUGAUGAGACAAGAAACAUUGGCUCAGCAGCAGCUACAUAUCGAACAAAUUCAACAACUUCAACAGCAGCUUCACCAGCACUUAGAAGAGCAAAAAAUCCACCAGAUGUAUCAAUAUAAUUACGAUCCUUCUGAAAUGGUGUCCCCAAAAACGACCACAGAUCAAGUCUUCCUCGAUGGCCAAUACGCUGCAAGCAGCCAGUUCUGGCCUGGUGAGGAGGUGAUCACCACUACCUCUGCUCUCCUGGGGAUAGAAAUUCCAGACAGCCAAGGCUGGUACGCUGUCCAAUCGGAGGGCAUGACUCAGUACGUUCCCAAGCCAGGGACCUUAAGUUCUGUUUCUGAGCUAUCUCUUAAAGAUGUGGAUGUGAGAGAGGAAAAGCAACUAAAAAAGAAGAGUUCCACACCAAAGCUGCAUGGCCUUUAUGGGGAACACGAUGAAGGCACUGAAGGUGAACCCAGGGGUCUUAAAAAGAUAGUGGAGAGCGGCGUCCAAACGGAUGAUGAGGAUAGUGCAGACUUAGGCUAUGCAGACAGGAGACACAGAACCAAAAAGAGUGUUGAUACAAGUGUUCAAACGGAUGAUGAGGACCAAGACGAAUGGGAUCCCACCAAUAGAUCAAGAAGAAAGACCCGUGUAGGGAAAUACGAAGGGAGUGUGGAAGUGGAUAAGGGUAAACCCCUUUCCAAGGUCUCCAGUAUUGCGGUACAGACCGUGGCAGAGAUAUCUGUACAAACUGAACCUGUCGGAACAAUAAGGACUCCAUCGGUUAGGGCUCAGUUAGAUGCAAAGAUAGAAAUAGUCAAACACAUUUCAGCUCCAGAAAAGACGUACAAAGGAGGAAGUUUGGGAUGUCAGACAGAAACAGAUUCAGACACCCAGAGUCCCCCGUAUCAUAAAGCCACUUCCCCUCAGAAAGAUAAAAAGCGCCCAACGCCAUUAGAAAUAGGCUAUUCAUCCCACCUUCAUCCUGAAAACACCCUUCAGGUAGCUCCUUCAGCUCCUAAAUCUCCCAAAGUCCUCUAUUCUCCCAUUUCACCUGUUUCUCCAGCUGCAGUCAUGGAGUCGGCCUUUGUGCCCUAUGAGAAGCUGAUGGCUGAAGAUACUAGUUCUCAGAAAAUGCUUCAUGCCGACGUGCCCACAGCUGCUCAGCUGAGCCCAGAGUCUGCCAAGGGGAUCCAGCGUACUUUGUCAGACCCGAAGCCUCUGAGCCCCACGGCUGAAGAUCUCCUCUCCAGAGCUCAUUUCCAGUAUGCGGAUGGUUUCCUGCAAGCCAAAGAGACUUCGGGUGCCACAGCAUCAUCAGGACUGCAGAAGAAGGUCAAGAGAACACUACCCAACCCGCCUCCCGAGGACCUUUCGGCAGGAACACAACCGGCCUUCUCCACCGUGGGAUCAGUUUCACGCCGGAGGAUAUGCAGAAGCAACACAAUGGCCAGAGCUAAAAUCCUCCAGGAUAUAGACAGAGAACUAGACUUGGUAGAAAGAGAGUCUGCUAAGCUUCGCAAAAAACAAGCAGAGCUUGAUGAGGAAGAAAAAGAAAUAGACGCAAAACUCCGGUAUUUGGAAAUGGGCAUAAACCGACGCAAGGAAGCCCUGCUCAAGGAAAGAGAGAAGAGGGAGAGAGCCUACUUGCAAGGGGUAGCGGAGGAACGGGAUUAUAUGUCCGAUAGUGAAGUCAGCAGCACCCGGCCGGCCAGGGCAGAAUCCCAGCAUGGCCUGGAAAGACCGAGGACUGCACCCCAAACAGAAUUUGACCAAUUCAUACCGCCCCAGACACAAUCAGAAACUCAGUUUGCAACUCCUACAAGUCCUUACACGCAGUACCAAUACUCUUCCCCUGCCCUUCCUACUCAGGCACCCACUCCCUACACGCAGCAAUCUCAUUACCAGCAGCAGCAGCCUUUAUAUCAACAGCAGGUUUCGCCUUACCAGACCCAAACCGUGGUGCCGGUGUCCUUCCCUCCUCAGGCUCAACCCCCACCAACUUUACAACCUUCCUAUCAGCUCUCCUCUCCGUUGAUGAUGAUCCCGCAAAAGGCAAGGCAAACUUCAUUAUACAUGGAACCCAAGAUAACAACAAACUAUGACAUCAUCCGCAACCCGUCUCUCAUGAUAGCACCCGCGUCCUCUGAUAGUGCCUAUUCAGUGGCUCAUCUGGGCAGCAAGUAUAGCACUUUGGAUCUGAGGCUGGGACUGGACGAGAGGAGCAGCAUGGCCAGCAGCCCCAUUUCUAGCACCUCUGGUGACUCCUUCUAUGCAGACCUUGAGCACCACAGCACACGUGGUUAUGUGCUGCUGGAUGAUAUGAGGGAUCUCACCAAAGAAGCUCCAACCCUGAGUUCUGCCUAUGGGCUGCACGAAAAGGAUCUUGGCAAAGCCGAUAGGCUCCUACGGACCACCGAGGCCCGAAGAGUGCAAGAGGUCCCGGAUUUCCUUUCAUCCCUGCAAACAUCUUCCAGGCUGCACAGCUACAUGAAGACCGAUGAAGACUCAAUGGAGGAUCCCUAUGAACUGAAACUUCUGAAACAUCAGAUCAAGCAGGAGUUCCGAAGGGGCGCAGAAAGCAUGGAUCACUUAGCUGGCCUCUCCCACUAUUAUCAUGCAGAUACGAACUACAGACAUUUCCCCAAAUCUGAGAAAUACAGCAUAAGCAGGCUCACUCUAGAAAAGCAAGCUGCCAAGCAGCUUCCAGCAGCCCUUCUUUAUCAGAAGCAGUCCAAACAUAAAAAGGCUUUGAUGGAUCCCAAAUUAUCUAAAUUUUCACCCAUUCAGGAAAGCAGAGACCUUGAGCUUGAUUAUUCGACUUAUUUGACUUCCAACACCUCUUCAGUUGGGAGCAUCCCUUCCAAAGCAAAACUUCUCCAAGAUGAGAUAACAUUUGGCCUUCGGAAAAACAUUACAGACCAGCAGAAGUACAUCACUCCCACUUUGUCUCAUUCCCUGGGAACGAGUCUUGGAGCAGCGCUGAGCGUCACCAUGAGGUCAGCUUUGCAGGAUGAGGUGGACAAAUCUUACGCCAGUGCUACCAGAUCUAGACCAUCCUCAAGGCCAUCCUCUGUCUACGGGCUUGACCUAUCACUAAAACGAGAUUCUUCCAGCUCUUCUUUAAGGUUGAAAGCCCAGGAAACCGAACCCCUCGAUGUUUCCUUCAGCCAUGCAGCUCCUUCUGGAAGAACUAAGCCUACCAGUCUACCCAUAAGUCAAAGCAGAGGGCGGAUUCCAAUAGUCGCACAGAACUCAGAAGAAGAGAGUCCAUUAAGUCCAGUGGGGCAGCCAAUGGGGAUGGCCAGAGCGGCUGCUGGGCCGCUGCCCCCCAUAUCUGCAGACACCAGGGAUCAGUUUGGCUCAAGCCAUUCCCUGCCCGAAGUCCAGCAGCACAUGAGGGAGGAGUCACGCGCUCGGGGCUAUGAUCGAGAUAUUGCCUUCUUCAUGGACGACUUCCAGCAUGCCAUGUCAGAUAGUGAAGCCUACCACCUGCGUCGGGAAGAAACAGAUUGGUUCGACAAACCUCGGGAGCCCCGUCUGGAGAAUGGGCCUGCUUUUGACAGAAGGCUGCCAGAUAAGUUAGCCCACUCAAGACCACCGAGCCAACAUCAGGACCAAAUUAUUGGGAAGCCCAUCCAGUACACCUUCCCACAUGCAAGGCUGAAACUCUUGAGCGACCCAAAGGAUCACUCUGUUUCAGGCAAUGGACUUGGGAUUCGAGUUGUAGGUGGAAAAGAAAUUCCUGGAACCAAUGGAGAAAUUGGUGCUUACAUUGCAAGGAUCCUACCAGGUGGAAAUGCUGAGCAAACAGGGAAACUUAUGGAAGGCAUGCAGGUGCUGGAGUGGAAUGGCUUUCCUCUGACGGGCAAGAGCUAUGAAGAGGUCCAGAGCAUUAUCGGCCUGCAGAGUGGGGAAGCUGAAAUAUGUGUAAGACUGAAUGUCAGCAUGCUGCCAGAUGGCGAGAAUUCCCAACAUCUGGAAUUACUUGAGCCAGGAAAGACGGUGGAUAAAAUGAAAUCCCCAGGAGUUGAUCCUAAGCAACUGGCUGCAGAGCUGCAAAAGGUUUCUCUGCAGCAGGCUCCCCUGAUGGCCUCUUCAGCCAUGGAGAAGGGGUCCCACGGGCACUCGGGGACAGCAUCGGCCACCUCCAGCUCUGUCCCCAGCCCUGGGCAGCCUGGGUCCCCUUCGGUGAGCAAGAAACGGCACAGCAGCAAGCCUGCUGAAGUCUCAAAGGGGGGUCCCCAUCCCAUAACCGGAGAAAUCCAGCUUCAAAUCAACUACGACAAGCAACUUGGCAAUUUGAUUAUUCAUGUCCUUCAAGCAAGAAAUCUCGCUCCCCGUGACAACAAUGGUUAUUCUGACCCUUUUGUCAAAGUUUAUCUUCUACCUGGAAGAGGCCAAGUCAUGGUUGUCCAGAAUGCAAGCGUUGAGAACAAGAGAAAGACAAAAUACAUACAGAAAAGCUUGAAUCCUGAAUGGAACCAGACGGUUAUUUAUAAAAGCAUCUUCAUCGAACAGCUGAAGAAGAAAACUCUGGAAGUCAGUGUCUGGGAUUAUGAUAGAUUCUCCUCUAAUGACUUCUUGGGUGAAGUCCUAAUUGAACUCUCCGGUGCCUCUCCCCUGGAUAACACUCCCCACUGGUACGCUCUGAAGGAGCAGAGUGAAAGCAUUGACCACGGGAGAUCCCACUCAGGGCAGAGUAGCCAACCGUCUCCGAAACCGUCAGUCAUCAAGAGCAGAAGUCAUGGUAUUUUUCCUGACCCAUCAAAAGAUAUGCAGAUGCCCACCAUUGAGAAGUCCCACAGCAGCCCAGGAAGUUCCAAAUCUUCCUCCGAGGGACACCUGCGCUCUCAUGGACCAUCUCGCAGCCAAAGCAAAACCAGUGUCACUCAAACUCACCUUGAAGAUGCUGGGGCAGCCAUCGCUGCUGCUGAAGCCGCUGUCCAACAGCUCCGCCUCCAACCAACAGCCCAUAAAAGCGGUCAGUCUAAUCAUGCCAGGAAGCUGCACAGACACAGCAUAGCGGGCGUCCUCCCAAUUCAAAGAACUCAGUCUGACAAUCUGCCUCCACCAGCCAGUGACAACAAAGAGCAAAGCCAACUAGCCCUCAGGAAAGUGAUGUCCGAUGGACCCUUCAACCCUGAAGGAGCAAGGUCUACCAAUCACAGGCCAGGAGAAAGCUCAGUCUCUUCCACUGGCUCAUCAACCAGCACCUUUGGCAGUGGCUACAGUGUGGACAGUGAAGGAAGCAACGGCGGCGGCACCACCACCACCACCACCACCACCACCACCACCACCACCACCAUGGGGGACAACAAUCUUUUCUCCAUUCCAAGAAUAGGAAAGAUGAGCCAGAAUGGACAAGAAGCCAUGAAGCAAUCAGGGGUAGGAUUAACAGAGAUUGAAGGUAAAACUCAGGUAAUGGGUGAAAUAAAGAUUGCCUUAAAGAAGGAGAUGAAGACCGAUGGAGAACAGUUAAUAGUGGAAAUCCUGCAAUGUAGGAAUAUAACUUACAAGUUUAAAUCUCCGGAUCAUUUACCAGAUUUAUAUGUAAAGCUAUACGUUGUCAACCUUGGGACUCAAAAGAGGGUGGUGAAGAAGAAAACGAGAGUGUGCAGGCACGACCGAGAGCCUUCGUUCAAUGAGACCUUCCGAUUCAGCCUGAGUCCCUCUGGCCACUCGCUCCAAAUUCUUCUUGUUUCCAAUGGAGGAAAGUUUAUGAAGAAAACCUUGAUUGGUGAAGCAUAUAUUUGGCUUGAUAAAGUGGACCUUAGGAAAAGAAUUGUAAACUGGCACAAACUUUUAGUUAGUUCCACACAAGCCCACUGAGUGAAGAGAUCCUUGUUUGAUGUCAGACCGAUCAAGCUGGAAGAGUCUACUUGUAUGAUUCCGGGACUCCACUUUGACGUUAGGCUUAGGUAGGUUUUGCCAACUAUGAAACAAGUAACACAUGUUCUGGGCUACUUAGCAUAUUUUCAUGAGGGCUAGUCCACUGGUUUUACUAUGUAAAAAGCAAGAACAAGACAGCCAAAGAAAAACAUCACGCUUGGCUCAGAUGAUAAAAUAAGUCCACUUGAAUAAUGACAGUGAAACUGAGGGUUCAGUGGUGUUAAAACCUUUGUAGCCAUGCAGUCAAGGAACGGUACACCUGUGCUCAAAGGCAACGGGAAUGCAGAAACUCUGGCUGUGUUUGGAGGCAGACUGACUCCCAGAGAGCGGAACCUGCGUGCCAUCGGAAGGGGGGCCGCUUUAUGCAAAAGCACCCAGGGACUGACUGCCUUCCUAGUUUCGCCGAUCAGAAGAUUAUUCACCUCCGUUCUUCUGUACUUUCGAAGUGUUCAGAGUAAGAUGGUGCCUCAGGGGCAAAUGGCAGUAUCUUUUAUUUUUAUUUUAAAUAGUAGCAAUGUUUAUAUUUCUUUUCUUGGAGUACCAGUUCAGAGUAACAAUUUCAGUGUUUCUCCGUGAAUAAUGCAGAAUCAUGAUCUUAGAAUAUUAAGUCCAAAGGGAGAGAGAGAAAUUGGGGGGGGGGGAUCAGGAUUUGUUGUACAGUUGCCACCAUAGCAUGAAAUAAAACGUAGCCCUGAGUGUGUGGAAGAAGCCACCAUC